AUGGGGGCCAUUGCAUACGUUUGCACAGAUGCUGACUACAGUAUUAGCCGCAAGGGAGGCGGCCACUUCGCCUGGACACCAGGUGCGCUCCCCACGGCGCCCGCUCUGCCUGAUGGCUUUAAGGCCCCAUCACCGGGUGUCGGCUGCUGCCAAACAGACGGGCCCAAACUCAGUGCCUUAGAAGGGAAACACGUCCUGUCCUAUGAGCGAUGGCAGGAAGGCCACCCAGAGCCAGUGUGGGAGCAGCGCGAUGGGAAAGGGACACGGUGCGGCCGCCUCCCUCCAGGCCAGCAGGGCGGGGAGGCUCGGCCCCCACUGGGGAGAGAGCAGGUCCUCAGGGACGCAGGUGGCCUCCCAGGCAGUCCUCACCACAGCCCUGACAGGCCAGGCCCCAGCCCUCCCCUUCCUCAGAUUCCGAAUUCUACAGCCCCCACAGCGGCUUCAAGCCCACCCACCUCUCCCUGGACACCUGUCGUCCGCGCUCUGGCUGCUUCUCUAACACAGGUGCAAGGGCGGAGGCAGAAGGCCUGCAGCGAGCGGCAGCGGGGCCGCGGGCGCGGCGAGGCUCCCGGCCCUGGCGGCCUCCGCUUCCUAGCGAACGAGGCCGCGCAGGGCACGGAGCAGGGCUCCACGCGGGGUGUGACGCGCUGGCUAGUCCCGCUCGGAGCUCCAUCCGGGGAGGGCAGCCGGGGCCGGGACACGGAGCGCGGGGCCGACGGCCCCCAGGAGAGGUGCUGGCACAUCACCGCGCCCUGCUUCCCUACGAGUGAGACUCGGGCCUCCUCCACUCUGGGCCUCAGUGUCCCCCCGAGGGUGAGCGCGGGCCGAAGCCGUGGGUUACCCCAGACCGCCGCCCCGGGAACGGCUCUCCCCUCCCCGCGAAGCCGCAGCGACAACGGCUUCGCUCUUCGCAGCCGCGGCCCGCAGGCCGGCGGGGCAGGGGCGACAGCGGAAGGGGACCCCCUCAAGGCCGGCCCGGCCGCCGGCUCGGCCACAGCCCCGCUCGGCCCGGCCCGGCCCUGCCUCCUGGCGCCCCUGCAGACCCCGGGCCCGCCCCACCCCGGCCCGCGCCCCGGCGGCCGCUCACCUGAGCCCGCGGGGUCCGGCGGAACCCUGGCCCGGCCGCGGCGGUAGCGGCAGGCCCGGACGGCUU